CAUUUCGUGGUCACCUUCGGAGGAACCAUGACCAAGAAAGAGUUGGACUCUCGAGAUAUUAUGCUGGGUCUUCUCUUGCUCCAGCAUGGGCUCCACUCCACAUCUCGCUUCGAGACUGCCAUGCAGGCGGUACGGAAUAUGGUUGCAACCGCUGACGAUUCUAGGGUCUGGUUAGCUGGCCACUCCCUGGGGUCUGCCAUUGCUCUGCUAGCAGGACAGAACAUGGCCAAAACGGGAUUGUUUCUUGAGUCUUUCCUCUUCAAUCCGCCUUAUGUGCCGGUCCUGGUUGAGAAGAUCAAGAAUACUAAAGUGAAGCUCGGUAUUCGCUUCACCACCAGCAUGAUCACAGCUGGACUCAUGUUAGCCAUGAAGGCUCCACAACUCAGGAAUCAAUCUGCUGAUUCUUUUGCCACUUUAUCUGCUUGGGCCCCUCCACUGUAUGUCAAUGCAGCCGAUCACGUCUAUUCAGAGUACAUUGGUUAUUUCGAGCACCGAAACAAGAUGCAAGAGAUCGGACCAGGAGCUAUUGAGAAGUUAGCUACUCAGCACUCUUACUCAACAUCUAUCGGAUUGCUGUUCAUGAGUGCGAUGGGGAAGCAGGCAGAGCCUUUGCACCUAAUCCCGUCCGCAAAUCUAUCAAUCAAUUUAAAUCCGUCGCCGGAAUACAAGAGGGCGCAUAGUAUUCACCAGUGGUGGAGACACGACCUAAACCUGCAGUCCAAAGUUUACACGUACAGUUAGUAUUG